UUUUGACGUUAGCUCAGUUUCACAAAAUAAACACGAAAAAGUAGAGAAAAAACAUCACAAACGAUUAUGUGCCAGCAAUUCUGAUUCGGAUGAAAUGGAUGACGUUGCUGUGGUCCAGAGUGAAAAUGAGAAUUUGCGAAAAGUUCGCGCGAGACUACUUCAGUGGGAAUCAAAUGGUGAUGCGCUUGCUCCAUUAAACCCUCUACAAUUGGAAUGCUUAGAUGUGUUAACUAACCAGUGCCGGAUUUAUAAUGAGGUACCAUCGGAUGCUACACCGAGCGUAAGCACUGCCAAAUCUCUGGCUGUAGAAGACACUAAACAAAACAAAUCAACAACAUUUGUAGGUAGUGCAAGCGCACAAGAAUUGCAGGCAUUGCCGAAACCUGGCAUAAAUAACACUAAAGAUUUUCUGUUAUGGUAUGAUCGCGUCAAUGAGGAGAUCACUCGACAUGCAAACGCGCAGUAUUACCAAUACUUGCAGCAACUGGAACAACGUGAUGCGGAGUGUGGGGAAAUUUUGGAGCAGAUAAACUCUGCAAUAGAGCAACUCACAUCGCUAAACAGUGAAUAUGAGACAGUAUCGCAAAAAACUAGUGCGCUAAAUACAGCCAGCGAAAAGCUAACCGAAGAGCAGCAACGUUUACAAAAACUCGGCGAAGAAAUACAACGUCGCUUGCACUAUUUCAGUCAAGUAGAGCUACUUCAUCAGCGACUUCAAAGCCCAACUCUAUCGGUCUCAAGCGAGGCAUUCCGUGAUUGUUUAGAUCGUAUCGAUGAGUGCCUUGAAUACUUAAGAGCAAAUCCCAAGUUCAAAGAUGUUGGUGCUUACACGGUGAAAUACAAGCACUGUCUAGCAAAAGCAGUGACAUUGAUAAAGAACUACUCUACCGUAGUAAUGUCACAAGCCACCGCUGCCACAUUACAUCCGAAACAAGUGCACUCUGCAAUGCUACAAAGCACGACGUCCACCACAGUGGAGAGUGAAAAUAAAUCCAAUAUCGCUCCAGUAAGUACUUCUCCGGAUGCCGCAUUCGCACUAUAUUAUGGCAAAUAUCAAACAGCUGCGGUAAAAAUUAAGCGCGUGGCGCAACUAGUCGAGUCCCGGCUGGAAAGAAGUACAGAAUAUGAACAGUUACUUGGUGAAAUGCAUCAAAAUUAUCUGAAUGAACGAGCAACUAUUAUGUCGCCAGCAGUCAAUAAAGCCAUACAGGAGCUGAAGGCCGCACACAAAGGAGAUCAUUGUGCGCUGACGCGUAGUGCUUGUGCAUUCCUGGUGCAUGUUUGUCAAGAUGAACAAAGGCUCUUUUUUCAAUUUUUCGCGUUAGGCAGUGAGCAAUUGACCACUUACCUGGAGGGUCUUUGCACUAUAUUGUAUGACACAAUGCGCCCUUAUAUCAUACACAUUAACCACUUGGAAACGUUGGCAGAAAUAUGUUCUAUUUUACGCAUUGAAAUGCUAGAGGAACAUGUACAACAAAAUCCCGGCGCGCUGGAAGCGUUUGCGAAUACUGUAAAUCAGCUGCUACAAGAUGUACAAGAGCGUCUGGUGUUUCGUGCCCAUCUUUAUUUGCAAUCAGAUAUUUUAAAUUAUAAUCCAUCCUCCGGUGACCUUGCCUACCCAGAUAAACUGGAAAUGAUGGAGAGUAUUGCUUUGUCGCUGCAGGAGCCUCAACAAAUGCGCCGUUAUGACUCGCGUUCGUCAAUCAAUUCAAGCAUUUCGAGUGCAGUAGAAAACGAAAGCGUCGAUACCGCAUAUCGACCACGCAAUAUAAACUCAUCACCUGCUGAUCUGCAUGGCAUGUGGUAUCCAACCGUACGUCGCACGCUAGUUUGUCUUUCGCGCCUUUACCGUUGCGUAGAUCGUCCCAUAUUUCAGGGUCUCUCCCAAGAGGCACUCAAACUUUGCAUACAGAGUGUCUCUGCAGCAGCUACGAAAAUUUCAGCAGCAAAGACCCCCAUAGAUGGUGAACUCUUUGAAAUCAAACAUUUACUUAUUCUGCGCGAGCAAAUAGCUCCAUUUCGUGUAGACUUUACCAUCAAAGAGACCUCUUUAGACUUCAGUAAAAUAAAAACUGCUGCUUUUGGUUUGCUACACAAGCGCAAACAGCUUUUCUCCAUGGGUAGCAAUAAUGCCUUACUCGAGUUUCUGCUUGAAGGUACCCCACAGAUUAAGGAGCAUUUGCUUGAUUCGCGUAAAGAAGUCGAUCGCCAACUGAAAAUGGUCUGCGAGCAAUUUAUAAAAGACGCAGUGCAAAUGUUAAUUUCGCCAAUUUUGCAAUUUUUGGAUAAAGCACAGGCGCUACUACAAAGCAAGGAUAACAAAUCAGCCGCGAAUGAGAGAGAAACUGCUACACCUAAACUAAACUAUGCCUUGCGUCAGAGUGCAUGGGCGAGCCCACAGCAAAUUAGCAGUAUCAUUCAAGAGUCACAGCGUUUAAUAAAAAACAAAUUGUCAACGCUACAACGCUCGAUGCAACUAUACUUAAGUAAUCGGGAUACAGAGUUUAUAAUAUUUCGACCGAUACGGAAUAAUGUCAUUCAAACAUUUGUGAAGCUCGAACAACUUCUCACCACAAAUGGUUACAAUAACGAUGAUAUGACCAUCACUGGCUGCCCAACAGCAGAGCAGGUGUCCAUAUUAUUGUCCAGCGCCAGUAUAUUAGCGACGGAGGGCAUUGUAAAUUUCUCAGCUGCGGCACGAAAAACUAGUACCUCUUCAAAUGAGGAGGCGGCAAGCGCAGCGCCAAUGAGAAGAAUAAGCUUCGAAAAGCGUGUGUCAUUUGAAGGUGGCACAACGCCCACAACAACGAUGGAAAAUUUACCAGAAAUGCCUGAGUCCGGAUCGUCCGCUGCGUCGCCAGCGCCACCAACGCUCUCGGAAAAUAAUGACAAUGAAGAAGUAACAGAGGUAGCAACGACUGCGUAGUUCGGUUUUACGAUUAGACGACAUUCUACCUAGCUCGCUCGAUAAUAUGUUAUACGAAUAAAAUUAGAAAUUUUAUUUGUGAUUUUAUUCUUACUUAGAUUACAUGUUUUGUUGCCUAUAUUUAAAAUUGAAUCAACUUAUAUUCCAUAGGACAGCCUAUUCCCUUUCAAAUAUGUAUUUAAAAAUAAUAAUCUAAUGAAAUAUAUAUAUUCACGUAUGAUAUCUACUUAUAU